UCUCAACUGGUAUUGAUUUCUAUAAAAAUGAUUCAAUCAUCCAGAAUCAGACUACAGGAGUGAUGACCAUCAGCAGUGUGUCAAAGUCAGAUGAAGGUUUCUACCACUGUAAACAUCCAGAGAGAGGAGAGUCACUGAAAAGCUGGAUUUCAGUCAGAUAUUCACCUUCUUCAGCUACUGGUGUAAUUAUAGGACUGAGUUUGACUUUCACAUUUGUCAUCAUAAUGAUCGUAAUUAUCAUGUUGUUUUACCACAAAAAGAAAAAAGAUGCAGCAUAUCAGACUCCUUCUACAAUAAAUCAGGACACCACUCAGCCUCCAGCUGAUGAUAACGUUUAUGAAAUUGCUGAUGUAGCAGCCACAGAUGUUUCUGCAUCUGGAACCAGCUCACAGGCUCUCACUAGAAACCAGAAACAAACCAAUGCUGGUGCAGGACCAAGUGAUGUGAUUUAUGCUGACAUUGAAUUGAAAAACCAAAAGAAACCAAAGAUGAAACAAGGAAAGAGCAGUAAGGGAGAUGAUACUGUGUACUCAGAACUGAAGCAAAACACAGAUGAAGAUGCUGCUGCUGGACCGAGUGAUGUGACUUAUGCUAAAAUUGACCUAAAAAAACUAAAGAAACCCAAGAAAAAACAAGGAAAGAACAACGAGGGAUCUGACACUUUGUACUCAGAGCUGAAGAAGAACAUAGAUAAAGAAGAUGAAAAUGUUAAGCCAAAAUAUCUCUGAGCCGCUCUGGUGGUUGUACUGCUCCAGACCCUUCACACAGAGGACGAGUUUAGCAAUUGCUAAGUUACGUGUCAGUUUUUAGACUAAAUGUGUUUUCAUCUUUCAGUAUAAUUACAGUGCAAAAGAUUUAAUUAAUUUUACAAAUGCACUUAAAUGUGCUCAGUAAUUAAUGGUGCAAUAAUUAACAUAAUCGUUAAUAAAAUAUGUGGAAUUUGGCAGGAACAUUUAGUUGUUUGAUUUACAG